UAGGAAGGCCUCCCUCGAGAACACACCUGGUUUCUUCUAUCGAGGACUACGUCGCGUACUUACUACUCUCGUUAAGUAUCCUCCUCUCGUCGAUGAUACUUUGGAAAUAUCUUGGAAAACAAAACAUAGUUGGUGACUCUCUCGUUCAGAACGCUGUCCUUUGUCCUGCUUUUUACUCGACCGGCAUUUCUAUACGUGGAAUGGAUACACAGCAGGUAAAAGGAGUUUCGAGAGAAGACCUUCACGGUUUCUUUCACCGUAUCGAGUCGCUUCGUAACUCGGUGAAAAUCGUGGUGAAACAUACUCUUGAUCAUUGGAUGAAAAUCACUGGCAUUCAUCUUCUUUUCACAUUGUCGUCGCGCUUUUGUGUUGAGACGGAAGUGGAUAAACGGUCCCGUAAUAUCUACGAGUUUCAGUUUCUCAAUUUGCAUAGAGAACAAAAAAGAGAAGAUUUCGCAAGGAGCCGAAUAUUGUACUAUUUCCCGGAAGAAGGAAACACUCGAAGCUCAAGCACGAUAUUCAACGAGGAUUCUCUCGCUUUGUUACCUCCCUUUAUGUAAGGAGGAACUAAGGACAGCUUGUUACCAUCAGAUGAAAGAUUAUCGCACGGUGGGAAUGGUCACAAGAGGAAACGAGACACCUGUGAAUAAAAACAAUGGCCGCCGCGUUUCGAAAGUCUCUCGCGUUUGUUUACCCCCCUUUUCCACCCUCGAUCUCCAGUCCAACAAUUACUCGUUAUGCUCGUUAAUUAAUCAAUUGAUU